AUGCCCAAAAAGAAGUUAUACCCCGACUUAAGCGACGAAUUGGAUGCUUCAGGUCUGAGGUAAGCCACUCAAUUUUGGCCGAAAAACGUUAUUUUCAGCAACCCUGCUGAUGGUAAUGGCGUCGACUCGGACGGCAAUGAAACUAUGAGCAGACGGCUGAGGAGUCGCUCGAGAUUCACAAAGAGUUUUGAGACUUCCGCAACGACCAUCAACCGAAGUACGAGCUACGAAAGUUUGUCUGGGCAUUUCACAGAUCACGACGAAUCUUUUGAUGAGUGGUGGAGUGCCACUUGGAAGAAUGUGAAGUGAGUUUGGAGAUCUGGAAAUGGUUUUUAACCUCGUUGAAAUUUUUUAUCGGAUUUAUCAUCUAAAUUUUUGAUUUCAGUCAACAAAUCGAAGAGUACUGCUCGAAAAUCCAAAACCACGUACCUCUCCCAUAUUGUAAGUUGAUUUAAAAGGUAUUUCGGAACUGUAGACACCGGUUUUCUAGGAUAAAUUCAAAUUUUAAACCAAAAAUUGUAUUAAUCAUGACGUUUGUCUUCAGUAUUUGGAUCCAUAAUAUUUUCAAUCCUCCUUCUCAUCACUUUCAACUCGUCUACCCCCAAACCCGUCGAUGGUCAUCUCUACAGUGUACUUGGAGACCGUUCCCGCGAGCUCAUCGACAAGUACCCACUUUCGGCGCCAUUUUAUACGAUGGAAGUUGUCCGAUCCUUUCGCCAGAUCGUUCGCCACAUGACCGGCGUUGAAUUGGAGCCCUUAAAACAGCCAUUGGUGGUGCUGAUAGCCUCCAGGCAUGUCAACAGAGCGAAUGAAUUGGUUGGAGAAUUCAUAAAAUUGAAUGAAAAAUACAUUCCACAGUCGACGGAGCUAUUUCAAGUGGAAUCCGGCUUAAAAAGAAGUAAUUUUGAAGAGAAAUUGUUCGGAAAAGUGAAGAAAUUGGAAAAGGAAGAUAGAACAGCACUUGUAGGAGUAUUGAAUAUCGAUGAAUUGGCCGAAACAGCACCACUUGUUAUUCAUAAUAUCGCCGAUAAUGAAAACCCGGCCUUCAGAAAUGUGAUUUACUUAAUGACCAUGAAAAUUAACGAAGAUCCCGGAGCCUCGAGCUCUGAAUGCGUUCAAAUUGUUACCAAGUAAGUUACGAAGUAUUUAUUUGGAGUUGUAAUGUGUUUUUAGAACGUUAGCCGACCUUUGGAUCAGCCCGAAAUUAGGUGAAGAUCAGACCUACCCGAUUAUUGCGAGGAUCUCUGCUCUCUCCGUAUGUCUUGUCUAG